CACCAUGUCCUCCAUUUGGCACCAGCUGCUGUUCCUCUUCCUGGCUUUUACUAGUGUGUGUGUCAAUUUGGGGCAGCAAUUUCCAGAAGAAGAUGACACUGACGAAAAGAGCCUCCUUGAUGACCUCUCCCCAGGGGCAGAAAGUCUCAUCUUAAGGUCCGUUUUCAGGAAGAUAGAAGAUGCAGAAGAGGAUCGGGACAAAGAGUCAGGUGCUUCUCAACUGGAUUGGAUCACCAAAAGACAGCACCCUGGAAAGAGAAUGGGAAUGGAUUUGGAGAAGAGACAGCAUCCUGGCAGAAGAUCCCUCUCGGAGCAAUACCUCAGCAUUCCAGAUAGCCAGACAGCUUAUCUGAAUGAAUUAUCCAAAAGGCAACAUCCAGGCAAGAGGUACCUGCCUUACAGCAAGCGACAGCACCCUGGCAAGCGAGGUUGGGAUGAUGAGAUGGAGGGUGAUCAAACCUUAGAGAAGCGACAGCAUCCAGGCAAGAGGUAUCUGGGUUCACAGGCCCCGGACAAUAAUAUCCUCUGUGACCCCCAGGAUUCCUCUGAAUGCAGCAAAGGUAGCCUGCUGCUAGAGUUGCUAGAUAAGAUGAGCAAAGGCCACAGCAAAGAGAAGCGGCAACACCCUGGAAGAAGAUCUUUGUUGGAUGGUGAAGUAGAAGCAGAGGAGUGAGGAACAUUGUGUGUGUGUCUGUGUGUCUGUGUGUCUGUAUUCAUUGUUUACAUUCUUCUGAAUGAUUUCCCCACCUCUUUCUGUUUGUUGACCUUCUCUGCAGGUAAUUCUUCACAAGGCGUACCACAUAGAAUGGUGGGCAAUAGUCCAGAAUUAGCACUGUGUGGACAUGUGGAUUUCAUUUUAAAGGCAAGACUGAGGUGUUUCCUUGAGUGUCAAAUAGUUGGGUUUGAUCCUUGUUUAAAAUGAAGUUGUCCAUAAAAAGUCAUACUGAUAUUAUUUUUUUCCAAACGUGUGUGGGACAAAGAUAAAUAUAUGGUGAAGAUGGGGAUUGACAGAAUAGGAGACUAAUUAGAGCUAAUCUUGCAACUCACUGCUGGUGUAUCAGCUCCAAAGAGUCAUGCUUCCUAUUCAGGUCUGAAUAUUCUCCCAUUACAGAUAUGAAUUAAGUUACAAAUGGAGAACUAUAAUUCAGCAAGGGAUGUGUAGAAGAUUAUGGUUAUUAUAGUUCUCCACUUGUAACUUAAUUCAUAUCUGUAAUGGGAGAAUAUUCAGUCUGCGCUCUUAAUUGUAGAAAAUAAGUGCUUACAACAAAGUUACCUUGGAGAAUAUCUGUGCAAGACCUCUUCAUGUACUUAACAAAUUAGAAGUGGGUGAAAGAAAGGAAGAGAUCACAAUCAAAUUCUCAUCAUACAGACAAUAGGGAGUAUGUUGGUCCACUGACUGGAUACUGUGGACGGUAUCCACUGCAAUAGUCCAUCCUUCUUCAAUAUGGAUGGAUUAGGGAAGGGACCAACACACUGCCUUUCUAGAUACUACCUAUUCACCAAGGAGAUCAAAAUCACAUUAUCAGACUUGUUUGGUUGUAUUGCUUAGAUUGGACCUUCCCAAUCUGGUGUUGUUGAAAUGAGUUGAACUACAAUUCUCAUCAUUCACAAUCUACCUAUCUGUGCUAGCUGGGUCUUUAUAGUUGAACACAUUUGGAGACUAUCGGGUUGGGAAAGGCUCACAGUAUUAUUCAGGUCCACCAAGGUGUGAAUGUUGUCAUCUCUGAAGGGUGAACACUGGAUUUUUCUAGUAGCUGGAGUUGGGAACUCACUAUGGUUAUGUUAAUCCUUGUACUGAGAAUAAUCUCUGGACUCUUAGACUUGAGUGAUCCCAUAUAUAAGUCAAGUUAUUAUUAUUAGUUAUGCAGAAACACAAAAGGAUUUGAAGAUAAGGAUAAAGAGAAUUAGCAAUGGGCAAUAGAAUGGCAGCUGCUUAUUUUCUCCAUUCAAUCCUGCUAUGAGAAAUGAACGAACUGUCUUUUAAAAAAAAAAAUCUAGUCCACACGUAUCAGUAAUCCAACUGUGGAGGGACAGAGGACCUAUGGCUGAUAUUUCAUAUUCUCCAGCUGUUAUAGCGUAUACUAUCUGUUUCCAUAUUGAUGGAAUCUGUCUCUCCAAGAAGCACUGUGGUUUUCAAACUAUAUUUUAUAAUAAGGCAGCUUUCUCCACUACUCUGAUGCCUUCCCAGUUGGGGCAGGCUGUGAAACUACCAGGCACUAAGUUGUGAUAGAUAAGAAGCUUUUCUAUGCUAAUUGCUGAGGUGGAGCAGAUGGAAACCCAGCCAAAAAAUAAGAUUCAUGUACACUGAGAAAUAUGCCUUUUAUUUUAGCAAAUUAGGUUUUUCUGUUAUUGCAAGUAGUUUGGAAAAUCUACAGCUGACAAUUCCUGGUUCUGGCUAGAUUUGAACAAAGUGGCUUGGAAUCAAUCCCUCACUUCAAUUCAGAAUAAUGAUUGGCAAAAUAUAAUGAUUGGUUACAGCAACAAUCAUAAUUUUAAAUGGGAGCUAGUAGACAUCUUCAUCUUACUGUGUGGAUUUUAAUUUAAAAUGUGGGGAACUGCUUACUAUGCUCAGAAGAAAUGUAUUCACUUUCUGUAGAUUAAAAGUGUUUACUUGCCAUACAACAUCACAGUGUCCCAAUUCAGCUAUCAUUUUUGAUUGUACAGAAAGAAG